CCCCCCCCCCCCCCCCACACCUCUUCCCGGCUGCUUCUGAGUAAGAUUCAAAGAACAGUAAACAGUCUGUCCAGAGAUGUCUGGGGGCUGUUAAGACUGUGACACCCACAGUCAGAGUCCUGCCCCGAAGAGGAGCACCACUCCCCCUACCUGGACACGAACAGAAUGGUGCUCCGUUAAUUACUGUAACCCCAUGUAACAUGUGCUCCGCUCGGGGCGAUGACACAGUUCCUUGUAAGUAAUGUCAAACGGAGUGUGACACAGCACCACAUGUGGGGCCUUUCUAGGGUUGCAAAACUCCAGUAACUUUCCUAAAAUUCCCAGGUUUUCCAGAAAGCCUGAUUGGAUGAUUCCGGGAUUCCUGCUUAUUGCCUCCUGAUUCCGGGAAUCUUCCAACUGGGAUUUCUAGGAAAAUCUGGGAAACCCUAGGCCGACUGAAACGUGUUGUUUGAUUAUUUAUGCUUAGUAUUUUUCCUUGAAUUCAGGCAACCAUCCUCAUUACUCUAAAGUAUCUCCAUUUCACAGGGUAUUUGAAUGAAAGUGUAAUGUCAAGGUACAUAAGAGUGCUUUAAGACUAAAUGUAAUGCCCAAAUGGUUCAGGAGAAAUAGUGUUCACCAAUCUGGAACUUGUGUGUAUAUCAGUUUCUUGAGAUAGGAGACGUUAAAAAAUGCUUGGAGGGCCAGACACACACGCUUGUGUCUGGAUUGUUUUGACACGUGUGUGUGUGUGUGUGUCUCUGUGUAUGUGCACACAAUAUAAUGUGCUGCACAUGUGACCUUUGCACUGUAUUUGUCCACAAAAAAAGAUGCAAUACAAUUGUGUUAGUAGGAGAUUUGUAAAAUACAUGAUUUCGUAAAUGGGGGAAGUGGUGAAACACAGUCCUUUUCUUCUCCUCUUCUUCUCCCAGGACAGACACAUCCCUCUGUGUUACCACUUCCCCCAUUUACGAAAUCAUGUCUUUUACAAAUCUCAUACUAACACAAGAGAAAAAGACAGAGAGCAUGAGACUCUGCUCAUAAUAAUGGGACUAUUGCAUCUUUUUUUAUUAUAUAUAUAUAAAUAUGAGAGAGAGGGGGAGAGAUAGGGGGAGGGAGAGAGAGAGGGAGAGAGGGAGAGAGAGGAGGAGAGAGAGAGAGAAAAAGGAGCAUCUUUCCCAACAUGCUUUGUAAUGAACAUGGUUAAAAUAAUGGUUCUAAUGUAGUCCAGGCAGACAGGUGUAUGUGCCACCUUUUGAUUUUGACACAGCACCCCGUAACGGUACGACGCACAUUUCUACCAUUGUGCAGACAUUUUGCUGUCAGAUUCCGUCAUUUCCUGCUGCUACAGUUCUCAUAAAACGAUGCUGUGUGUGAACAAGCAAAUCCCACAUGUAUUGGUGGUCCUGACUUUACGUCGGGAAAAUCGGUUUAUAUUUCAAAUGCUUCGUUUGAUAAGUUACUGUAAGUAGAAGUCUAGAUAUGAAGCCACACCUGUACAACUAACUAUACAUCAUAUAUGUUCUUAACAGAAAAUGCACAAAUUUGUCCAAAUAGUGAAUUACAGUAGGUAGCUAUGGUGAAUUGUUAAUUGAUUUUAAACUUCUUGUCCUCCAUGUCCCUCUAAAACAUAUCAAGUUUGGUAAAGAGAUUAUAACCGAAAGCAUUCUUAGAACAGAAAAAAAUAACAAGGAGUCGUCAAGCUUCCUGUCCCAUUUGUAAAGUAUCCCAUUGUUAAUUUGAUGUGAGAGGGAAAAAAAUGUUUUCUUCUUUUCUUUGUUUCCCGAGAGACACAAGUUAGCCCGCAUGAAAUAUCUAUAGGACUAGGUAUUGGAUGCUUAUAUUGCUGUUGUUGAGGUGGACAUAUUGUUUUUUUACUCUAACAUGUAAAGACAAUUGUGUGUGUGUGUGUGUGUGUGUGUGUGUGUGUGUGUGUGUGUGUGUGUGUGUGUGUAAGAGGAGUGUGUACACAAGGUUUAUGAAGUGUGUGAAAGGGAGAGACGCUGUGAGUGUGUUGGAAAAGAUGUAUGUCUUUACCGCGAGUAAAUGGCUGUUGAUUUGUUUUGUCUUUCGGUGAGAGACGGAAAGAAACAGAGAAUACAACACGUUUUUCUAGCAACAUCAAUUUUUUGCCGAGACAACCUCGGUAUCCUUGAGGGGCUGAAAUACAACGUUAUGUUUGUUUGCGUUACAGGAGAAGCGUGUGUGUCCUUUUCACCUGGCCAUUCCAAUGAACCUGGACCAAAUCAGACACACACCUGUCACUCUCCCAACAGAAGAAAACACAGGUAAUAAUCCCUGGUCUACAUCCCAUGGGGCUCUGGUUAAAAGUCAUUCACAAAUAAAGGGAAUAGGGUGCCAUUUGGGACACGGUCCUUGUCUAUGCUAUAACCAUGGGAUGAAACAAAAUUGUACAAUUUGAUUGUCCAUAAACAUACAGACAACAUUCCGGAUGUUAAUUCUGUAACUCCUUAUGUCCUUUGACUGCAAUCCUGUGGGUGGUUUCUGUCAAAGAAACACUGAAAAGGUUCAAACAAUUUAAAAACGAGAGAAACAAUUUAUGUUUAUGUUUAAUGAGUAUACUUUAAAAAAUAUAUAUACAGUACCAGUCAAACGUUUGGACACGACUACUCAUUCAAGGAUUUUUCUUUAUUUGGACUAUUUUGUACAUUGUAGAAUAAUGGUGAAGACAUCAAAACUAUGAAAAAACACAUAUGGAAUCAUGUAGUAACCAAAAAAAGUGUUAAACAAAUCAAAAUAUAUGUCAUAUUUGAGAUUCUUCAAAGUACCCACCCCUGAUGACAGCUUUGCACACUCUUUGCAUUCUCUCAACCAGAUUCAUGAUGUAGUCACCUGGAAUGCAUUUCAAUUAACAGGUGUGCCUUGUUAGAAGUGGAAUUUCUUUCCUUCUUAAUGUGUUUGAGCCAAUCAGUUGUGUUGUGACAAGGUAGGGGUGGUAUACAGAAGAUAGCCCUAUUUGGUAAAAGACCAAGUCCAUAUUAUGGCAAGAACAGCCCAAAUAAGCAAAGAGAAAUGACAGUCCAUCAUUACUUUAAGACAUGAAGGUCAGUCAAUCCGGAAAAUUUCAAGAACUUUGAUAGUUUCUUCAAGUGCAGUCGCAAAAACCAUCAAGUCCUAUGAUGAAACUGGCUCUCAUGAGGACGGCCACAGGAAAGGAAGUCCCGUAGUUACCUCUGUUGCAGAGGAUAAGUUCAUUAAGUUACCAGCCUCAGAAAUUGCAGCCCAAAUAAAUGCUUCACAGAGCUCAAGUAACAGACACAUCAUCAACUGUUCAGAGGAGACUGUGUGAAUCAGGCAUUCAUGGUCGAAUUUAUGCAAAGAAACCACUACUACCAAUAAGAAGAAGAGACUUGUUUGGGCCAAGAAACACGAGACAUGGACAUUAGACCGGUGGAAAUCUGUCCUUUGGUCUGAUGAGUCCAAAUUUGAGAAUUUUGGUUCCAACCGCUGUGUCUUUGUGAGACGCAGAGUAGGUGAACAGAGAAUCUCCGCAUGUGUAGUUCCCACCAUGAAGCAUGGAGGAGGAGGAGGUGCUUUUCUGGUGACACUGUUGGUGAUUUAUUUAGAAUUCAAGGCACACUUAACCAGCAUGGCUACCACAGCAUUCUGCAGCGAUACGCCAUCCCAUUUGGUUUGCGUUUUUCAACAGGACAAUAACCCAUCUCACCUCCAGGCUGCCUAAGGGCUAUUUGACCAAGGAGAGUGAUGGAGUGCUGCAUCAGAUGACCUGGCCUCCACAAUCACCCGACCUCAACCCAAUUGAGAUGGUUUGGGAUGAGUUGGACCGCAGAGUGAAGGAAAAGCAGCCAACAAGUGCUCAGCAUAUGUGGGAACUCCUUCAAGACUGUUGGAAAAGCAUUCCAGGUAAAUCUGGUUGAGAGAAUGCCAAGAGUGUGCAAAGCUGUCAUCAAGGCAAAGGGUGGCUUCUUUGAAGAAUCUAAAAUAUAUUUAGAUUUGUUUAACACUUUUUGGGUUAUUGCAUGAUUCCAUAUAUGUUAUUUCAUAGUUUUGACAUCUUCACUAUUAUUCUACAAUGUGGAAAAUAGUAAAAAUAAAGAAAACGCUUCAAUGAGUAGGUGUGUUCAUACUUUUGACUGGUACUGUAUAUUAGGCUAUUAAUUAAUAGGCUAUGUCCAGCACAUAUUAGGAAGUCAAUUUUGAUGCAGAUGAUUUCUGAUUUGAUUACUAGAAUACACAAAUGUCCUUUGAACUCCCAAAUAAUAUUCAGUGGGAGAGAAAAGAGUGUGUGUGUGAGAAUAUACCGUGUGUAAGAGGAGUCUGUGAAAGGGAGUGUGUGUGUUUGAAGAGAGUGUGUGUGACAGUAUACAGUGUGUAAGAGGAGUCUGUGAAAGGGAGUGGGUGUGUUUGAAGACAAUGUGUGUGUGACAGUAUACAGUGUGUAAGAGGAGUCUGUGAAAGGGAGUGUGUGUGUUUGAAGAGAGUGUGUGUGUUUGAAGAGUGUGUGUGUGUGACAGUAUACAGUGUGUAAGAGGAGUCUGUGAAAGGGAGUGUGUGUGUUUGAAGAAAGUGUGUGUGUGUUUGAAGAGUGUGUGUGUGUGUGUGUGUGACAGUAUACAGUGUGUAAGAGGAGUCUGUGAAAGGGAGUAUGUGUGUUUGAAGAAAGUGUAUGUGUGAGAGUAUACAGUGUGUAAGAGGAGUCUGUGAAAGGGAGUGUGUGUGUUUGAAGAUAGUGUGUGUGUGUGAGAGUAUACAGUGUGUAAGAGGAGUCUGUGAAAGGGAGUGUGUGUGUUUGAAAGACGGUGUGUGUGUGACAGUAUACACUGUGUAAGAGGAGUCUGUGAAAGGGAGUGUGUGUGUUUGAAGAGAGUGUGUGUGACAGUAUACAGUGUGUAAGAGGAGUCUGUGAAAGGGAGUGUGUGUGUUUGAAAGACAAUGUGUGUGUGACAGUAUACAGUGUGUAAGAGGAGUCUGUGAAAGGGAGUGUGUGUGUUUGAAGAGAGUGUGUGUGUUUGAAGAGUGUGUGACAGUAUACAGUGUGUAAGAGGAGUCUGUGAAAGGGAGUGUGUGUGUUUGAAGAGAGUGUGUGUGUUUGAAGAGUGUGUGUGUGACAGUAUACAGUGUGUAAGAGGAGUCUGUGAAAGGGAGUGUGUGUGUUUGAAGAGAGUGUGUGUGUUUGAAGAGUGUGUGUGUGACAGUAUACAGUGUGUAAGAGGAGUCUGUGAAAGGGAGUGUGUGUGUUUGAAGAGAGUGUGUGUGUUUGAAGAGUGUGUGACAGUAUACAGUGUGUAAGAGGAGUCUGUGAAAGGGAGUGUGUGUGUUUGAAGAGAGUGUGUGUGUUUGAAGAGUGUGUGUGUGACAGUAUACAGUGUGUAAGAGGAGUCUGUGAAAGGGAGUGUGUGUGUUUGAAGAGCGUGUGUGUGACAGUAUACAGUGUGUAAGAGGAGGUUGUGAAAGGGAGUGGGUGUGUUUGAAAGACAAUGUGUGUGUGACAGUAUACAGUGUGUAAGAGGAGUCUGUGAAAGGGAGUGUGUGUGUUUGAAGAGAGUGUGUGUGUUUGAAGAGAGUGUGUGUGUUUGAAGAGUGUGUGACAGUAUACAGUGUGUAAGAGGAGUCUGUGAAAGGGAGUGUGUGUGUUUGAAGAGAGUGUGUGUGUUUGAAGAGUGUGUGUGUGACAGUAUACAGUGUGUAAGAGGAGUCUGUGAAAGGGAGUGUGUGUGUUUGAAGAAAGUGUGUGUGUGUUUGAAGAGUGUGUGUGUGACAGUAUACAGUGUGUAAGAGGAGUCUGUGAAAGGGAGUGUGUGUGUUUGAAGAAAGUGUAUGUGUGAGAGUAUACAGUCUGUAAGAGGAGUCUGUGAAAGGGAGUGUGUGUGUUUGAAGAGAGUGUGUGUGUGAGAGUAUACAGUGUGUAAGAGGAGUCUGUGAAAGGGAGUGUGUGUGUUUGAAAGACUGUGUGUGUGUGUGACAGUAUACAGUGUGUAAGAGGAGUCUGUGAAAGGGAGUGUGUUUGUUUGAAAGACGGCGUGUGUGUGACAGUAUACAGUGUGUAAGAGGAGUCUGUGAAAGGGAGUGUGUGUGUAAAAGGGUGUGCAUGAAUAUCUUGCAAGAUUUUUUUUUAAAGAAAUGUAAUCCAUUUUAGCAGUUAGACUUUUUUUUGCUAUUAAAAUCAUGUAGGCUAUAUGUACGACCUUGUGUAGUGAUUUGAUUUGACCACACAAAUAUUAUCAUUGUACUGUCAUUUUUCAGACUGACUUGAAUUAUGUAGUAAAAGUAAAACAAUCGAAAAUUGCUGGUUAGUUUGUUUGGGAUUGUUUUAUAAAGUUAGAACUGAAAUGAUUGUGUGUGUGUGUGUGUGUGUGUGUGUGUGUGUGUGUGUGUGUGUGUGUGUGUGUGUGUGUGUGUGUGUGUGUGUGUGUGUGUGUGUGUGUGUGUGUGUGUGUGUGUGUGUGUGUGUGUGUGUGUGUGUGUGUGUGUGUGUGUGUGUGUGUGUGUAAGAGAGAGAGAGAAUUGGAUUUGUGUUUCAAGAGUGUGUGUAUGCAGUGUGUAAGAAGAUUGUGUGAAAGGGUGUAUGUGUGUGAAAGGAUGUGCAUAUGUACAUUGAAUAUCUUUAUUGAAACGUUUUGAAGUACUCUCUCUUGGACAUCUAAUGCAUUUGAGCAGUAUACAGCUAUUUAUUUUUGCUAGCAAAAUCAUGUAGCCUAUAUUGACGACCUUGUGUAGUGAUGUGAUUUGACCACGCAGAUAUUAUCACCAUACUUAAAUUUUUAAGAGGAUAAAAAUACGUUAAUUUCACAUAAAAUGUCAUUUGUUCUGUGCUGUAAAAGUAUGACAAUAGUAAAUUGCUUCCCACUUGGCACAGACGUCAAUUCAACGUCUAUUCCACGUUGGUUAAACUUCAUUUCAUUGAAAUUACGUGCAAACGACGUUGAUUCAACCAGUGUUUGCCCAGUAGAUUAUUAGUUUAAGAAGUGUUCGUUAAAGUUAGAACUGGAAUGAUUGAUACAUACAGCAACCUACAUGGUAAGAAGACUAUGCUUGGGAUCUGUAGAGUAUUGCGAUUCUUCUCAGUUUGAAUAGGGUUUACUCGUUUGUGAAGGAGCAGACGGUUUUGAUGUAGCCUAUUUGAAAACCCUGCAUGUGUAGUACUGUGACAGAUAUGCAGGCGUUUGCCAGGAAACCAGUAUUUUGUUCAUUACUCCUACGUAAAGGACGGUGUACAACUACCACGUUCAUAUUUUGUAGUUUCAAAAGUUGCGAAAUAUUAGAGCAAUUCGGUAGCCUAAAUAUGGCAGUUUCAUUGUGUGACCAGGUUAGAAUUGAUCCGAUACUUUUAGGUGCAGGUCUGUAAAUUUUGAAGCACAUGCAGCACGUGGCAGCAGUGAAGAGCUCGAAAAUGCAGGCCCUGUGCAUAUUUGUGCAUACCGGUCUUUAGAAGCAAAAAGAAGUUACAGAAAAAUUCAGAACAACAAUAUUGAUAUCGAGGAAACGUUCGAAAUCUGGGAACAUGUGAGUGGCCGAGGUGGGGACUGUAGACGAGUGUCGCUGUCCAAUGAACGGUGGUGCUGAAAUGUAGCGCUCUUCGUAUGACUGUCAGAAGCCAUUUGAAACACAUACACAUCAAGGAAAUUAUUGAUUGGAAUAUAACAAAUGUCAAAUGUGGACUUUUAGUGCAGAACAGAGAUAAACAUGCACAUGGGAUUUAAAAAAAAAAGAGUGCUAAGUUAUAUGCACUGGACAAAAAUGAGGGAAAGUAUAGCAGCCUAGUUUUCAUUGUCAGACACUUAGAGUCAGCAAUCGUGUGGAUGGGCUAUGGGCACACUUGAAUGUAUCGAUACUAGAGGAGUGGCUAUGUGUUUCAGGGGAAAUGUAUGCAACACCCAGGACUUUCAGAAUAGUGUCAAGAUGAGAGUCCAUAUAUUUCCUAUAAUUCUGAAUGAGUUUGUCCCAUGCACAAGACUCUUUUGUUUAUAUUUCCCCUCAAAGGGGCUAUCGCAAUUUCAGUAACUGCCAUAUUUUGUAUGUGUUAUUGGGAACACUUUCUGUUGGUGUAUUAUCGAUGUGUGUGUUUGCGUAUAGGCAUGUGUGAAUACAUACUUGUCUCUAAUUUCAGACGUGAUGAUCCAUUGAAAAAUGACAUGUACCAACAUGUUCUCCAAAAGAGAAUGUGUUUUUUUUUGCAGGGCAUGAUAGUAUAAAAUUGUACCAAAAGAAGCUGUCGGGUGUUUAGAGAAGCUACACAGUCGUGAAGAAUAUUUCGAGUUUGCUGCUGUUUUUAUUUGAUUUGUGUACUGUCAUAUUUGAAAUCAUGGCAGAUAAUGACAGCUGUGAGUUAUGUUGUGUUAUGGCUGGGUAAAUAUGUAUACUUCUUUGCUGGAGAUGUGAAGCUGUCGAAUAUUUUCAGCAUUGAGGUUGUCGCUGUUUUAACUCAUUCAGAAUAUGCGUGUGUGAAUGGGGUGAUGAAUUGUUGAUUUCACUUCUAUUUUUUAAUUUAUUUUUAAAACCUCUAUUUUUGGCUGCGGUGUCAUUAAGUAUUACUUUGAAUAACUGUUUUUCAGAUGUUCAUGUGGGAUCUGAGAGCAAUGUGAACAACUACAGGUGCACCUCGUACAGAUGGACGUAACAUAUGAAAUGUGCUGAAUAUAUCCAUGUAUUUAUAGCCUAAUUUGUACACAUGGAAUUGCUGUAUUCAUUUGAUGCUUAUAGAACGUCUCUUCAUAAAAUCUCAAAUGCUGAAAGAUCCUGUCAAAAUACAUGCUUGGUGUGUUUAUUUGGCUCUUUGCUGACUUCCAUUUAUAGAUGAAUUCUGAAGGACCUUUAUAAGAUAACACUAUAGUUGGCCACGUUAAAUGACAUCCUAUUCAUACGCCUGGUCAUCUAAGCAGGAUGAAAAGAAUAGGCUACGUCUUAAUGAACUACCAAUUUUGGAUGAAUAGCCUAUCAUGUUAAGAGAUAUGCAUGUAAAAAAUAUAUGUUUGGUGAUAUGUCAAAUAGGCUACAAAAAGGGAUUUCGUUGUAAACUGCUGAAAAGCCAGUUCACCCAAUCCCAUCGGCUCCACAAGUCACGUAUACGUUCGGGUAUAUUCACUUCUGUCAAAGAAUGCAAAUGACGGCAUGACGAUUUCUACAAGUCAAUUGAUUUUCUCAACAAUCACAUUUUGAUGAGUACACUACACCUGCCAGUUAUACUCAGGCAGUUCUGGUUGGUCAAUACUUUAUGUUUAGUUACAUGUCGGUGUAAGCAUCCAGCUAGUAUGGCGAUAGUGGGGGGUGGGGGGUCUUGAAGACAAAAGCAGCCUAGGCUACACUGUUGUGAGACUUUGUCUGGAUUAUAAACUAAUGCAUUUAACAUCAAAAUGCCCAACUCUCCCGAGUCGUGACAUCCCGCCAAGGAGACGCAUAUUCUCUCAACAAUCCUGUUCGAGUUGUGUGGUUCACAAAUGUACAGUGCGAUGGAAUAAAGUGUUAAGACAUCCACUGACUGUCUCUGUGUUUAUGUAAGGGGAAACACUUUUUUCCCCGUUAAUCACACAUCCUCCCAUCUCUUCCGUGUUUGGGAAAUGUACUAUGGCAAAGAAUUUCUAUGAUAUUGACAAGAUAAUCGAGUGACCGCUCUAACAAUGGAGAUACACGUCCUGAAAGAUGGAAGGCAAGCUGGAGGCGAGAUCAUGUGGGACCAUUCUAUCCAUUGAGAGGGCAGAUAUCGCGUGUGAACAACAGGUACUACUCCGAUAUAAAGGCUUUCCCCAAAGUUGCCGAAAUGCCACGUGUGUCCACUUAUAUCAGUGCAUUCGUAACAACCUGACCAUUACAAAACUCCAAAUUAGCAGAUAUAUUUUUUGGGGACCAAAUUCGGUACUGUCUCAUUGACUUCCAUACAAACGUUCCUCACUUCGUGGUCUUAUUUUCGUGUACAGAUUUUGGAUGGAGUAAACAAUCUCGCUUCGUCUCGUCUUCUCUGACUAGGGUAGACGGGUCUCGCGAAUCGUGAGAAUAGAAUGAAAUGGCCAUAUGGGGUUUGUAGUUUUUUGGGGGGAGCGGUGCUCUUGUGCUCAUAAAAUGUAAGCGCAUGUGUUUGUUCUGUUUUAGGGCGUAUAUAAGCUUUAUCAGUGUAGUGUGUCCCAUCACUUGUUGUAAUUGUCAAUAUAAUGGUACCAGGGUGCUUAAAAUAGGUGAAUGAGUCAUGUUUAGAAGGGUGCAAGCUGAUUUCAUAAUCGAAUGACGUCUUUCCCAAAACUCUCCGGGAGGCGGGUGGAUAGAUUAUUGUUCCACCAAUCGGAGCAUCCUUCCAUUCAUAAAGUGGUGUGGGCAGUUUUUUUUGGAACGCGUGGGUUUUGAGGGUUUCAUAAUCCUGACUAAACCUGAAAACCCUGUUUCAACAAGAACCAAUGAAAGGCUCGGAAGAGAAGUUGCCGUAUUGUACGCCCAAUCGCUCCUCACCUAGGAUCACAUUUGAGCCACCCUGCUUCAUAAAGAACACUGGGCAAGUUUGUUGUGCAUGGCCCGGUGCCUCAGGGGAAUGGAGACCAAUGGAAUGGUCUAUAAUGUACAUACUCCGUCUACCCGGAACACCGGGACAUGCAAAACGAAUGCGCCCAAUGCAUGAAUGGGAAUGGAGUAUUGGGGAUUGACAUGUAAAUUCACCAAAGGGUGGGCAGUUUCUAUUGUUAGACAGCUGUUGUAUCCAAUCACGAGCAGAGGUGGGUUUUCAGGCAGGCUAUAGAGUAGGUGGUGGGUGUGUGUUUAAAUCAGGAUAGACUAGUGUUGUGGGAGUGUGAUGCUACAACCUCCUUAUAAAGGGAUUCGCACAUUGUGGCUUGAAAUUAGAGCACAUUGCCUAAAUUUGAGGUCUCCACAGAGUCACUGAAAAACAGCUGUCAUGUAUUCGUUGAACGUGGAGGACAUGCUUCCUGUGGGCGAGACGCCACUCUUCUGGGUCGGAGCAUUCACCGUGGCCUCACUGUCUUUGUGGGUGCUCCACCGACUCCUCCAAGGUUUUCGAAUUUGGGUCUGGGGAAAUGGACAGUUGAUCUCGCCGAAACUGGGCAAAUGGGCAGUUGUGACGGGAGCCACAGACGGCAUCGGUAAAGUCUAUGCGGAGGAGCUCGCUCGUAAAGGGUUCGCCAUGAUUCUCAUCAGUCGGUCCCAGGGCAAGCUGGAUGAUGUCGCCAUGCAGCUUGAGGAGCAGUACAAGGUGGAGACCAAGACCAUCGCCGUGGACUUUGGCCUGUCGGACAUCUACCCAAAGAUCGAGGCUGGACUGGCUGGACUGGAGAUCGGAGUCCUGGUGAAUAAUGUGGGAAUAUCCUAUCCCUACCCUGAGUACUUCCUGCAUAUUCCUGACCUGGACAACUUCAUCACCAACAUGAUCAAUGUCAACAUGACCUCCGUUUGCCAGAUGACUCGACUAGUUCUGCCCAGAAUGGUAGAGAGGUCCAAAGGUGUGGUCCUCAACAUCUCCUCUGCCAGUGGCAUGUACCCCGUCCCUCUUCUGACUGUAUACUCCUCUUCCAAGGCUUUUGUGGACUUCUUCUCCCGGGGACUUCAGGAGGAGUAUAAGGCAAAGGGAAUCAUUGUCCAGAGCGUGCUGCCGUUCUUUGUGGCGACCAAGAUGACCCGUAUCAGGAAGCCCACCUUGGACAAGCCCACCCCGGAGCGCUAUGUGGCUGCUGAGCUGACAACCAUCGGACUGCAGGACCAGACCAACGGCUACUUCCCCCACGCAGUCAUGGGCUGGCUGACCACUGUCCUGGUGCCCAUCAACCUGGUCAUUUACUUUGGGGCAAGGAUGAACCGAGCCCAGCGUACUGGCUACCUGAAGAGGAGAAAGCUGAGGGAGCUGGCCAACCAGAGUAACGGGAAGAGUGACAGGCUGAAGAGCGAAUAAGAACCCCCCCCCCCCCCCCCCCCAUAGAAAAUAAUGGAGAAUGAAAGCUGACCAUAGAACUACUACUGACUAGCCCUGACUGUCCAUUAGUUAGUAAUGUCGAAUGAUUCACGGGUGUGUUUUGAGGAUCUUUUUGUAUGUUGAAGCUAACGGAUAUCUUCCUCGGAGCCCAUAUUGACAUAACAUGACACGUCUUUUGAAUGAAGUGGUUCAGCGAUAACGCCUCUAACCAAAACGGCAGCUCUAACAAAGUGGCUGCGACAAAUACAUACUCUGCUCUCAGCACAGGGAAUAGAAAAAUAACUGUGACCAAAAAUAAUUGCAGAGAAGAAUCUUUAAAGGCCCAGUUGAGUCAAAUGUGAUUUUUCCUGUUUUAUAUUCGUUUCCACACUGAGGUUGGAAUAAUACUGUGAAAUUGUGGUAAUGAAAAUAACCUUUUAGUGUAAGAGCUGUUUGAAAAGACCGCCUGAACUUCAGUCUGUUUUGGUGGGAUAGAGUUUUGGUCUUCUAUGGCGAUGUCACCAUGCAGUCAAUUAGUUAAUAGACCAAUAAGAAAGCAUUCCAAAACUUUCUGCCAAUAACUGCUAAUUUUCAGUCCCCUCACUGAUUACUCCCAGACAAUCCUAGCAAAAUCCUUGCUUGAGCAAUUUCCCUUUGCUAAGAAGCUAUUUUUGGUUAUUUUUGACCAUUUUAAUUAACAAUCACAGAAAUUUACUUGUUACCCAAAACAACAUAUUUGAUAUUGAGAAACAUCUUCAUUUGACCUUUAAACAGGGUGAUUUUCGUUGACUCUGCUGUUGUAAGCAGGAUGGUGGCGGGACAAUUUUUUUUAUAUAUUUUUAUACAUGUACGUAAAACCAAGCCGCAGGCACAUCUUCAGGUACUUCGCACAGUGUGAAGUGCAGUUUACACACUGGCUGUGCCUGAAAAGUUUACAAGCUAUCACCCCCCCCCCCCCCCCCCCCCCAGCUUGUUCACCUUAACUGUCUAGCUGAGUUAUUGUCAAUCAAGAGUGUUGGCUUUUUGUGCAUAUUUAAAUUUUGUGUAUUUAGAAAAUAAAUAAAAAAAUGUGGUGGGAUUUGUUGCACUGAUGUAUUUCGCUUUUUCAGUUGUCUAAACUUGAAGUAUUUUUUUUCUUUCUUCUCCCCCCUAUAAAAUGUAAUCGUUAUCCACAUGCCUUCCAGUUCAUGCUGGCAUUGAUCACGUCCAAUGAGAGGGAGUCAUGCACAUUGAAGGCUUUAUAUGGAGCUGUGAAUGCCCUAAAUGAUAGUAGUUCCAUUGAAAGCUAAUACUAUACACUUGCCUUACAGGCUCAGACUGUAUACUAUAUAUUGUGCACAAGAGCCUUUUGGAAUGGUGAGGGACUUCAACAACAUGCACAACUGUUUUUUUGUUUGUCUGGGUGUUGCUCUAUGUAUGACUUGGAUCUCUGUAUGACUUGUUCUGACCGAUGUCCAGACUUGGUGCCUUAUGAAGAUCUCAGGUGUGAAACUAUACUAGUUUAUCAGGAAUUUUGGAAUUGCAAUGUACUGUCACUCUUGCUGCUUUGCGCCUGUACGAUUUAAUCUGAACUUUCUACUUGAUAAAUUCUGUACAAUAAAGAAUGUGGUCUGUAUUUUA